CAUCCAUUCCCAGCAUGGCUGCAUCAACUUCUGGCUCCAACAAUCCUAAGUAUGGAGAUGUAUAUAAAGCUGCUGUCAAUGGGAAGGAGAUGGAUGUCCUCCGAAAGUUCUAUACUGUGGGAAACCCUACUUCACCCAUCAAUGAUCAUGGAGAUACUGUCCUUCAUGUGCUUGUUCUGAAUCACCACACCAAGGCAGCCAUUGAACUACUACAGCUGCGAAUUCAUGAUCUAUCGGCGAAAAAUUGCAAAGGAAAUACAGCACUACAUGAAGUAGCUAGGGUUGGUGCUCUGGAGAUUGCAAAGUUGAUGGUGCAGGGAGAACAGAGCUUAGUUAAUGAGAGUAACCUCAAUGGAGAGACACCACUAUAUUGGGCAGCUGCUUAUGGACAGACCGAAAUGUUUCAGUUCCUCUCCAAAAGAACCAACAUGGGAUUGAGAAGAAAUGAUGACUUUACCAUUCUUCAUGCUGCUGUGAUAGGCGAAUUUUAUGGUCUAGCUUUACAGAUAGUGCGUGGGUACCCAAAUCUUGUUGUUGAAAGUAAUCAAGCCAGGAACACGGCUCUUCAUCUAUUAGGCCAAUCGCCCUUUUCAUUCAAGAGUGGAACAGUAUAUUCAGAGAGGCAUAUAGCUGAUUCCUCCUUCAUCCCAUGGACAUUGUUUAAAUUAAUAAUCUACUUCUGUAUUCCUUGGGAUGACAGCAAAGAAAACUUAACAGAUCUUAAGGAAGGUCAGAAGAGUAAACCAGGAAUGAUGAGACAAUUAUUUAGAUGGUUUAUAUUUCUUAGAGGAAUUGACGAUACAAAGCAGAAACAUCAAUUGGCACUAGAGAUAGUAAAACAACUGGUACGGAGAGAGUCAGAGAACUUGAAAUGGAAUUAUUACAUAACUGAUGAAGAAAAUUCAGUAAGCACAUCAGACCCUCUGAGGGAACAAUUGAAUUUCUUAUACUCUGCAAAUACAAUCAAUGAUACACUUAUGUUGGCUGCAAAGCAUGGGAUUGUUGAGAUUGUGGGUGUGAUCCUUAAAGAGUGUCCUUGGGCUAUUGAAUAUGUAGAUGAGAAUGGGAAGAACAUACUCCAUUUAGCAGCUGAGUAUCGUCAAGUUGGAGUUCUUAAACUUUUAAAAUCAAGAAGAUUUUGUAUAAAUAAGAUGGUUGCAGAUGUUGACAAGGAGAGGAACACAGCUUUGCAUCUUGCAGCGAAGCAUCACCAAAAUAAUUUUAAUGUAUCAGCGUAUGAGAUGACACGGGAGAUCCUUUGGUUCAAGCAAGUCAAGGAUGUCUCCCAAGUUCAUACAUAUCAUCACCUUCGAAAUUCAGAAGGUAAAACAGCAGAUGAAAUAUUCAAUGAAACUCAUCAGAAUUUGCUAUCAAAAAGUGUGGAAUGGGCUAAGAAGACAACAAAUAUCUUCAUGGUUAUCUCCACCCUGAUUGCCACAGUAAAUUUUACGGCGGCGUUCGCCGUCCCAGGCGGUUACAACCAAGUUACCGGCAUCCCUAUAUUCACCACCAAAGCAAAAGACCUCCCAUCCUUCUAUGCAUAUUCUUCAGUUGCAUUGUUCUUCUCUGUUGUCACCCUUGGUUCCUCCUUCUCUGCCUACCUAUCUCGCUUUCAUAGUGAUGAUUUUUAUUUCUUGUUGCCUCUCAAAUACCUUAUUGGAGGUACCUCUCUCUUUUACUCUACAUGUUACACAGUUUUUGCAUAUAUACAAGCUCUCAUACUUGAGACAAAUGGGCAAACUACAAUCCUUCACUUUUCUAUGGGAUUUUUAGUUACUGCAAUUGCUAUAUCAGUAGUCAAUCUUGUUUUCAUAGAUAUAAUGUUCCCAGUCUUCCGCUACAUGGUAGAUCUUCUCCUUCAUUUAGUUUCUCAUUACAAAGGCCAAUGGAUGUAGAUGUUCAUCUUCAAUCAGUACUGCUUCAUUUAUCUAUCUUUACAUAUAAAUGUACAACUGUGUCUUAGAA